CCCCCACUCCCGCCCUCCUCUCUCUGUGGCUUGGAACGCGCAACCAACCGUCUCAAAUGGCAACUCUCGGCUUCAAUUCCCCUGGAAUCCGAAACCCCGUAGCGCCCAUCAUCUCCCGCGCGCUCGUCUCCCUCUCCAAGACCCUCUCCAUCCCGCCCUCCACGUUCCCUUCCUCCAAGGCCAGAGCGUACCGGCACCGGCAUCGGCGUCGGCCCCUCAAUCCUCGCCCCAACUCCAUCUCCGAGAGCUCCGUCUCGCCGCCGGCUUCUUCGAAGGAGGAGGAAGAAGAAUCUGGCUUGGAAGAGGAGGAGGAGGUGGAUCCGCGUGUGGAGGUGCGGUACCUGGACCCGGGGAUGGAGGCCGGGAGCAUCGGGGAGUGGCAACUGGACUUUUGCUCCCGGCCCAUCCUGGACGAGCGGGGAAAGAAGGUGUGGGAGCUGGUGGUGUGCGACGGCACCCUCUCCCUGCAGUACACCCGCUUCUUCCCCAACAACGUCAUCAACAGCGUCACCCUUAGGGACGCCAUCGCCUCCAUCAGCGCCUCGCUCGGCGUCCCCUUGCCCCAGAAGAUCCGCUUCUUCAGGUCGCAGAUGCAGACGAUUAUUACGAAAGCCUGUAAUGAGCUGGGCAUAAAAGCAGUUCCUAGUAAACGGUGCUUAUCAUUGUUGCUCUGGCUGGAAGAGCGGUAUGAGACUGUAUAUACUCGUCAUCCUGGUUUUCAACAAGGGUCUAAGCCACUUUUAGCAUUGGAUAAUCCAUUCCCUGUGGAACUUCCUGAAAACCUCUUUGGAGACAAGUGGGCUUUUGUCCAGUUACCUUUUUCAGCUGUCCAGGAGGAGGUCUCGUCAUUAGAAACAAGAUAUGCAUUUGGCGCAAGUCUAGAUUUAGACCUUUUGGGCCUUGAAAUCGAGGAUAAGACACUAGUCCCCGGUCUUGCUGUUGCAUCUUCACGUGCUAAACCUUUGGCAGCUUGGAUGAACGGUUUGGAGGUUUGUUCUGUCGAAGUAGAUAUUGGGCGAGCUUGCUUGAUUUUAUCUGUUGGAGUUGCUACAAGGUACAUCUAUGCUACCUAUAAUAAAAAUGCAGCAACAACACAGGAGGCAGAAGCCUGGGAAGCUGCAAAAAAGGCGUGUGGAGGGUUGCAUUUUCUUGCUAUUCAAGAGAGUUUAGAUUCAGAAGAUUGUGUUGGGUUUUGGCUUCUGCUAGACUUACCCCCAUCACCAGUCUAGUUGAAGAUAAUUAUAUGAUCUUUGAUGUAUCGAUAGUAUGGUUACUGGAAUCUGAUUUUGAUUGUAGUUGAAUUUUUCCUUGCCAAGACCUUGUAUAUGUUCUCAACUGCCGUUCCAGAACUCUAAAAUAUGGUCACAGGCUUAGAA